AUGGGUGCAAAGUGCUCAUGUCUCAAAGGAGAGCCUUCAGAAGAAAGCCAGCUUCGUAUAGACCACGCUUCCAUCGAAGUUGAAAAACGCCAAGCAAGCAGUAUACUAAGUCAUGAAUCAAUAAUAAAUAAUGCAUCACAGCCUCAAAAAAAUAAUGAGGCUCAGAGAAACAUGCUAAGCCUAGAUUCAAUUGCAACUGACCAAUCUCACCGUCCUUUAACCAUAGCUGACCUCAUAAAGCUUCAAAGUGUACUUCGAGGAUACUGUGAUCGGAAAAAGACAAAAGAAGUUUACACAACUCUAAAGGCUGAUCAAGUCGAAAUGCAGCGAGGAAACCAAAAGGCAGCCUCCGAAUCCCAAUCUCCCUUCUUCAGAGGCUUCAUGCAAAAUGAUAUGCAAAACAUCCCUAUAACACGCACCGAAAUCAGCUUGAUUCCUGAUGGUAAUAUCCCAGAUUACUCAAAUAAUGAAACAAGAGCUGUCCAAUCCAAGCUUGGGAAUUUCAGUCCUUCUCCCCCUCCUAACGAUCAGACUGCCAAAACAAAGCAUGGCCCUGCACAGAUUGAAAAUGGAGCAAUUUAUACAGGGGAAUGGAAUAAUGAUAAACAGAGACAUGGCUAUGGAGUCCAAGUGUGACCUGACGGCUCGAAAUAUGAAGGGUACUGGAUGUUUGACAAAGCAAAUGGGAAAGGAAGACUCACACAUGGAGAUGGAGAUGUCUAUGAAGGAGACUGAAAAGAUGACAAAGCCCAUGGCUAUGGAGUUUAUAUGCACACUGACGGAGCUAAGUAUCAAGGUAAUUGGCAAGAUGAUAAGCAGCAUGGCAAAGGAAUGGAAACUUGGCCUGAUGGAGCUAGAUAUGAAGGAGAUUAUAUCAAUGGCAAAAAAGAUGGCCGAGGCCUUUUCCUUUGGGCCGAUGGGAGCACGUAUGAUGGGGAGUUUCAAGAUAAUAAUAUCCAUGGAAUCGGAAAAUAUACAUGGGGAGACAGCAGAAUUUAUAUAGGAGAGUGAAAGAACAACAAAAUGGAUGGAAAAGGGCUAUUUAAAUGGUCUGAUGGGAGAAGCUACGAAGGUGAGUAUGCUGAAGAUAAGAAACAAGGAUAUGGCACUUUUACUUGGCCAGAUGGAAGGAAAUACCAAGGACUUUGGCUUAAUGGGAAACAGCAUGGAAAAGGUGUUUAUUUCUCUGCACAAUUAAAUUAAAUUAAAUUAAGAGCCUUAAUGAUUUUUAGAUUUGAUGCCUUCAUACGCUUUCGACCAAUGCCAGUCUGUUUAUGGGCGGAAAUUCAGAUGCUAUUUGAACAGUGGUUUUCUCUAGGAGUAGUAAUUUCCAAGAGUUUCGAUGGGUUAGGGAGACACCCUGUCAGUACGCCAUAGGGUUCUAUGGAGAUAGUGUUAGCCCGAUACUUGCGUCGGCCAACUUUGAGAGAGGUGUCUACCAGCCGGAAAAGCUGUGGCCCAAAAUCGUCUGAAAUCCAAUACAUGAUCAUGAAGUAACCACCAACUGGCUCCAAGGCCACCUUCACUACAUAGUCCAAUCCUCCGAUGGGCAAGAGUUAGAAUUAAAGCGUCCUAACUUGGUUUAGGCUAUAAAAUGACUUUUGUAACCAAAUUUAUGCAUCAUCGUCAAUUGAUAUUUAGCUAUCACCACCAUAUUAAUUAUUCUCUGCACAAGGGAAUAAAAGAGAAGGAGAGUGAAAUGAUGGGAAAAGAGUCAAAUGGAUUUUAGAUGAAAAUAAUAAUUAG